AUGGACGACUACGCGGGCCUGUCGGACGCCGAGCUGGCCGCUGUGCUGCGCCAGUACAACAUCCCGCACGGGCCCGUCGUGGGCUCCACGCGCAAGCUCUACGAGAAGAAAAUCUUCCUGUAUGACACCCAGAGGCGGAGGCUCUCGCCCCCGAACUCGCCCGCAUCCUCUUUCAGCUAUCGGCCCUCGGACUUAGAUGCGGCGUCCGUGGACUCGGAUAUGUACGAUCUGCCCCAGAGGGAGGACGCCUUACUUUACCAGAGCAAGGGCUACAACGGCGACUACUACGAGGAGAGUCACUUGAGCACCAGGACUUACGGGCAGCCUGAGUCUGUGGGCACACCCAAGGGCUUCCGCCAGCCCGCCGCUUCACUCUCAGAUGCUGACACCUUCCACCACCAGGUUCGCGGUGAUGAUCUUUUCUCUUCCGAAGAGGAGGGCAAGGAUAGGGAGCGCCCCGUGUAUGGCCGGGACAGUGCCGGCCAGAGCAUCGCACACUACCGCCCCGUUUCCAACGUCUCCAGAAGCUCCCUGGGCCAGUCCUACUACCCCACCUCCUCCUCUACCUCUCCAGAGUCCUCAUCUUCAUCUCCCUCACCUUCGUGGCCCACCCUCCGUGCCAUCCGGCCGGAAAAGCAGGCUCCUGGGCCUGGAGUGGGUCAGGAGCGCCAGGUCCUGCUCUGGGGUCAGGUGCUCCUGUUACUGGUCUUCGCCGCCUUCUUGCUCUUUGUUUACUACUCUAUGCAGGCUGAGGAUGGCAACCCCUUCUGGGCGGACCCCUGA